UUUUAUUUUUCCAUCCCAUUUUCCCGCGCCUGUUCUGCAUUCUUGGUGGAUGGAAGAAGAAGAGGGAGGAACAAGUGAGAGAGGUGGAAGCUAGGGUUUUCCUUUGCUUCUCCAGUAAUGGUCACUAGAGAAGCCCUUCUGGUAUCGGCCUCCGCACUCGUCGGCGCCGCUGCUUCCGCCGUCGCCUUCCAACUCUUCUCUCGCUGGAUAAGGCCUUACUCCGGACCUGAGCCUUCCGCUAACGGCAUCGGAGAGUGCUCCGUCGUCGAUCCCUACGAUCCAUCGAAACGUAAAGGAUAUUUGUCAUGGGAUGACUACUUCAUGGCUAUUGCAUUCUUGUCAGCCAAGCGUUCAAAAGACCCGAAUAGGCAGGUUGGUGCAUGCCUGGUUAGUCAAAAUGGAGUAAUACUUGGAAUAGGUUAUAAUGGAUUUCCAAGGGGCUGCUCAGAUGAUGAGCUCCCUUGGGCGAAGAUGUCCUUAACUGGAAAUCCACUUGAAACGAAGUAUCCCUAUGUCUGUCAUGCCGAGGUUAAUGCUAUCCUGAACACAAAUCAUGCAUCUGCUGCUGGACAGAAGCUUUACGUGACAAUGUUUCCUUGUAAUGAAUGUGCCAAGAUUAUCAUUCAGUCUGGUGUUGCAGAAGUAAUCUACUUCGUUGAGAAAUUGAGUAAGUUAGAUGCUGCAUAUAUUGCUUCUCGAAAGUUAUUGUCAAUGGCAGGCAUCAAGGUGAGAAAGCAUCAGCCACAAAUGUCUCACAUCCUCGUACAAUUUGAUCAAUCUUGAUUUGUACAGCAACUUUCUCCAAUGUCAGCGAUUCCUACCUGUUGUUGUAUCGAUUUUAUUGAAUGCAUCUUUCUAAUAUAAUAUAAUUUCAAUUAAUGCUACAA